AUGGACACUUGCCCAGAAGGAUCUGGGGAAACGUAUGCGCGAUCAGUGGAAAGAAUUAAAGGCGCGAGACGGAUGAUGGAUGAAAGGAGAGAAAAGGUUGAGGGGGACGGAGACAAAACAGAAACGGGAAGAUCCGGUAAGGGCGCGACGGAAGGGGCAGUGGAAGGCGGAGUGAUUCUCGGGAAGUCGACACUGCGAGUUCGCGUCUGUUCUUGUCCUGUGCGAGACAUGAAGAAUGAAGAAGCUGAUUCCAGUGGCACAUCCCAGCAAUCGAUCAAGAGGGCAUCCACGGAUUGUGGAGGAGGGGCCGAGUCCAAGCAAUUUCGGGCGAAUGAGGGUCGUCCGUUUUAUUUGGACGGAUUGGAUGCUGAGGUUGCAUACAAACUGUCCCGAUUGCUGCCAGUUCCAUGCGACGAAAAUGACGUUGGCUCUCGCAAUUUUUUAUACCCGGAUAGUUAAAAAGCCCGGACAACCGCUGAAACAUGAUUUGUGGCAAAAACCUUGUGUAUUUAUAUUUCGCUGAACGAAUCGAGAAUGAAAUGGAAUUGGAUGAUUGAAAA